CUCAUUGCCUAAUUCCUCAUUCUACCCCCUCAUUCCUCCAGGCUGCAAAGCACAGUGAAAUCAUUCUGUUCACAAGCGAGAGCAGUCUUUCAGACUCCCUUGAGCUCUUAAGGAGAACAGCUGUAUUGCAAAGGCAAGCAUCCUGGGGGGGAAGAGCUGCCCUACUUGGAUCCUGAGUUUCGUCAAAGAAGGAAAGCAAAGAAGGCACUGAAGCUAAGACCAAGGACAGAAAUCAAGACACACAACUGCAGACAAAGGGUGAAGUUAAAGAGGGCUGUGGAGAACUCAGAAAAGCCGAAAGACCAAGGAAGAAGAGCACACUGCACCAUGAGCCAACCAAAGUACAUGCGGAUGGAAGAUGAUACUUCUGAUGUUCUGAAUCCACCUCCAUACUGUAAUGCUUCUGAUGGGCCUCUGCCACCCCAGUAUCAGCCGUAUUAUAAUCCACCUGGCGCAAGAACCAACAAUGAACCGGUCUUUCAGACUUCCCAGACCAUUGUCAUCACUCAUGGUCAGCCCAUCUCUGAACCCGAUUACAUGGCUUACUCCAUCUUCACUAUUCUUUGCUGUUGUCUUCCUCUGGGGAUCGCUGCCUUGGUCUACUCUGUUAAGACUCAAGAAGCCAAUCGUGUUGGAAACAGCAUAUCUGCUCAGAAGAAUUCAAGGAUGGCACGCAACCUGGCUCACUCUGCAUUAGGGAUUGGCCUUACAUUUCUGAUUGUGUAUAUCAUUCUUUUUGUGAUCAAUUCUACCAAGAUGGGAAACUGAGCCAUCAACAGCCCCAAGAUCAAUUCCAAGCACAUAGGAAACUGAACCUCCAACCCCACCAUAUCCAACCGGGUGUUCAUGUCCUAAAACCUUCCAUCUAAAAUACCUUACCUUCCAUCCCAGAAACAUCAGUGAUAUACAAGACAGAGAAGUCAUGAUUUGGGAUUAUGCUCUCUGAACUAUUCUCCAACUUGCUGUGAACUGCUACAUACAUGUACGUGACUUUCAUACACUUGACUUGAUGACCAUAAACAAAAUAGGUAAUAUGUGAAUGGCAUCUGAUUCAGCAUCAAAUGCAACUGUCAGAUGGCAUGAAACACCAACUCUCUGAAAGAUGGACUGCUCCCAUCAGAUCAUGAAUGCAUAUGAUCCACCUUCAAAACGGAACAGAGAUAUCACAAACCAAAACCAUAAAAGCAGGAGGAAGCACCAAAGAUCCCAUGUAAAAUAUUGCCUUGUUCGAUAAUGAGACAGUCUCCAUAUUCAUGCCUUUGCCAGAGAUUAAAAAAAAUAUUCUUGUUGGUUGUCCCAACCAAUGAAAAUUCAUUAAAUCACAUAUGGAAUGGUGUGAACAUCUAUGUAAAUAAAUACUAUCAAUUGAAAUAAAUCAAAAUAUGA